CUUAUCCCUACCUACACAAGGCAAUUCACGGGCGUUGCUGUACAAACCCGAAUGGAAUGAUGUGCUCACACUCGACAUAGACCUACCACCCACCGAGUCAACAGUCCCCACCACACAAGACGGUGAGAUCAUGUCACGUAUGUCCACUACCAAUCCAAUGACAAGCCGCUCGCAAUCACAACUACCCAUGCCCAUGGCGCAA